CACAUGAGUUGCCAAUUACUAAUUACAUCCAUAUAACUAAAAAAAGCAAGAGUUUCCUCACCUACCACUACACAAAGGACAAGAAUCCAAAUGAGCUAAUCCUAAUAAAAUCCAAACAAUCAGAUUACUAAAGUAACACUACACAAUUGAGCUUUCACUGCGGGUCGCUUGCUUCAGGGUGCAGAGCCACUGGAUGCGAAGAGGUUCCAGGAAGAUGAAGCGGCUACGCAACUCUGCAAUCACAAGAAACUCUCACGCUCUCUCACUCUUAGCGAUCUCACUCUCUCUAGCAUGGUCGCAGCAAGCAGCGCGGAGCACCAACUGGCCGCAGCACGCGAUAAAGUGGAAGCGGCGGCAUCGCAAUCCAAUUGUCCAGAUUCAUCGUCGAAAUCCGCAAUCUCAUGCGAGCAGUGAGAUCCUGCGCACCAGAUCCAUGGAAUCCUUCAUGAACGGCGACGGAGCAGCGACGGUGGAGGCACUCCGCUGCCUCCGACGAUAGUGAUGUCUCCGCCUCCGUCGCGGGAAUUUUGGUGGGAGAGUAGGGGCUGAGACGGCGACGAUGGGGAUUGGAAUGGGAUUGCUCGUCAACGGUAUUCUGUGAUAAAUUUUAUUAUUUUUG